AUGGAAGCCAGAAUUAUCCUCCAAAUUCGGAACCCUAAUCACCAACUCUCUCGUUCUCCCUUCGCUUCCCCUCGCUUUAUCAAAGCUUCUUCUCCAACCUCGCAGGAACCAAGACGUUACAGAGGCCCGAAACCGAACAAGAAUUUGGUGGCUGAUUUCGUUUCCAAAAACGAUGACUCAGUCCGAAGCUUGCCUAUCUACGUCGGUGGCGCUUCUCUCUUGGCCGUUCUCUUUAAUCGUGCUGUUUCCGGUAUCGCUACCGUUGCCGAUGCUAGCAGCUCACAGUCUAGAGCAGAUCUAUUGGCACUUGGCUUGGCAGUCACCAAUUUAUUGACCGGUUUAGUAUGGUUAUCGAUUCGACCUAAGUCUAUAAUACCGGUAGAACCUGAAGGUGUGGAAUGCAAAGUUGUAGAAUCAAGUCUUCCUGCAUCAGUAGUGUCCGAAUUAUUAUGGGCUUGGGAAUCUCUUAAGGAAGCAACAUGUUGUAAGUCUUUGGUUAUUGUCUACAACGGCAUGUGCCUUAUUCAAAUCGGUAUGGCUGCUGCAUCUCCAGAAGACAGCAAAGCAGUUAUAGUAAACACUGAUAAGCUGAUGCAAGGAUCGGUUUACAAAGGCGUAAUGAAAUCCAAAGCARAGAGUUACUUGGCCAAUCUUUCUCUUUAUCCUGGGAGAUCAGAGCUGUCAUUUCUGCCUGCAAAUACACAGGCGGUGAUUUUGCAGCCGCUUGGUGAUAAAGGAAUCAUAGUUAUUGGCGGAAACACAAUUAGAGGCUUCACAUCUUCAGACCAGGCGUGGAUUUCUUCAAUUGGGGAGAAGCUAGAUGCUACAUUGGGAAGAUAUUUUAUUGCUUCUGCUGAGAUUUCCCGAGAAACAGAUUGA